CGAGAGCCGCUCCGCUGCAGCCGCCGCCAUGCAGGGCACCGUGAGGCUGUGGGUGUCGGUGCUGACUUUCGCCCUGUCGCUGCUGGUCUGCCUGGGGACGCUGGCAGAGGCGUACCCCUCCAAACCGGACAGCCCUGGCGAGGACGCCCCCGCAGAGGACAUGGCCAGAUACUACUCGGCGCUGAGGCACUACAUCAACCUCAUCACCAGGCAGAGAUAUGGAAAGAGAUCAAGCCCAGAGACACUGAUCUCAGACCUCUUGUUAAGGGAAAGCACAGAAAAUAUUCCUAGAUCCAGGUUUGAAGACCCUUCGAUGUGGUGA